CUUCAACUUCAUAGCAGAUUUGCUGUUGUCACUUCGCCUUGUUUACUUUCUUCUCACUUGCUUUUGAUCUGGGGAAAGCCAUGGACGUUCUCCGUUUCCUGUGCGGUGUUCUCGGAAAUGUAGUCGGUCUGGUCCUCUUCUUGGCGCCUAUGAUCACGUUCAAGAGGAUCAUCAGAAGCCGAUCAACCGAGCAGUUCUCGGGUGUCCCCUAUGUGAUAAGUCUUCUUAAUUGCCUCUUCUACACUUGGUAUGGACUACCCUUUGUGUCGUCAGACAACCUUCUGAUUUCGAUCAUUAGUGGCAUAGGAGUAGUGAUUGAGCUCGCGUAUGUUUUGAUCUUCAUCACAUACGCACCAAAGAAGGAGAGGGCGAAGAUCAUGGAACUCUCAGGUCUUGCUCUGAUUCUUUUCAUAACAUUUGCCUUUGUCUCCCUCUUCGCCCUGCACGGCAAGACACGGAAACUCUUCUGCGGCAUCACGCUCGACAUUUCCUCUACCUUCAUGUAUGCUUCACCUCUAUCAGUCAUGAUGUUGGUGAUCAAGAUGAAGAGCGCAGAGUUCAUGCCAUUUCUGUUAUCGUUGUUCACCUUCUUGUGCGGCACCUUCUGGCUCGCAUAUGGCCUUCUUAGCAGGGACCCCUUUCUCAUCCUGAGGAAAAUCUACGCAAUGGUGUUGCAGGUGCCUAAUGGAUUGGGGACUGGACUUGGGAUUGCCCAAUUGAUCUUGUAUGCAAUGUACUGCAAGAACCGGAGUCAUACAACAAACAUUAUUAAGGAUGAAUUCGCAGAGCAGGAUCUUGAAAAGACCAAUCAAAUGCAGAAACUGGGUCGCCACGCUUAAGAUCCAUCGCUUCUGGCACAACAUGACCGACCCUCUUGAAUGUAUAACCACGGCGCGCUGUAAUUAGCUUGCAUCGCAAGAAAGGGUUAUAGAAAAA